AUGGGUGACUCAGGUGCGGACACCUUGGCAGUGUUUAUGGCCAGCAGCGGAACCACAGACGUCGCAAAUCGGAACAGCCCAGCCACACCACCAAACACCCUUAAUCUCCGUUCUUCACACAAUGAACUGCUGAAUGCUGAAAUAAAACACUCAGACACCAAGAACAGCACACCUCCCAAAUGCAGGAAAAAAUAUGCACUGACUAACAUCCAGGCGGCAAUGGGCCUCUCGGAUCCGGCUGCACAGCCCCUCCUGGGAAACGGCUCAGCCAACAUCAAGCUGGUGAAAAAUGGGGAGAACCAGCUCCGAAAGGCUGCCGAGCAAGGACAGCAGGACCCCAACAAAAACAUCAGCCCCGCUGCAGUCAUCAACAUAACUUCUGAGAAGUUAGAAGGUAAAGAGCCCCACCCACAGGAUUCCUCCAGCUGUGAGAUUUUACCCUCCCAGCCCAGGAGAACUAAGAGCUUCCUAAAUUACUAUGCAGACCUGGAAACCUCAGCCCGAGAACUGGAGCAGAACCUUGGCAACUGCCAUGGGGUCGGGGAAGAGAAAGCCCAGCCAGGUCAGGGCCAGGUCCCUGCUGCCAUCAUCGGGAAUGGUGACUUGCUGCUGCAGAAACCAAACAAACCCCAGUCCAGCCCGGAAGACGGGCAAGUAGCCACAGUGUCCUCCAGCCCAGAGACCAAAAAGGAUCAUCCUAAGACAGGGGCCAAAACCGACUGUGCACUCCACCGGAUCCAGAACCUGGCGCCAAGCGAUGAGGAGUCGAGCUGGACGACAUUGUCCCAAGACAGUGCUUCCCCCAGCUCCCCGGAUGAAACAGAUAUCUGGAGUGAUCAGUCAUUUCAGACAGAUCCGGAUUUGCCGCCUGGCUGGAAAAGAAUCAAUGACAUCGCUGGGACCUAUUACUGGCACAUCCCAACAGGAACAACUCAGUGGGAACGGCCUGUCUCCAUCCCCGCAGAUAUCCAGGGUUCUAGGAAAGGGUCACUUAGCUCUGUAACGCCAUCUCCCACCCCAGAGAAUGAGAAACAGCCAUGGAGUGAUUUUGCUGUUCUGAAUGGGGGAAAGAUUAAUAGUGACAUUUGGAAGGAUUUGCACGCGGCCACAGUUAACCCAGACCCCAGUUUAAAAGAGUUCGAAGGAGCAACGCUACGUUAUGCAUCUUUGAAACUCAGAAAUGUCCCUCAUGCUGAUGAUGACGAUUCUUGUAGUAUCAACAGUGACCCAGAAGCCAAGUGUUUCGCUGUGCGCUCUCUGGGAUGGGUAGAGAUGGCAGAGGAGGACCUCGCCCCUGGAAAAAGCAGCGUUGCUGUCAACAAUUGCAUCAGGCAGCUCUCUUACUGCAAAAAUGACAUCCGAGAUACAGUUGGCAUUUGGGGAGAGGGCAAAGACAUGUACCUGAUACUGGAGAACGACAUGCUCAGCCUGGUCGACCCCAUGGACCGCACAGUGCUGCACUCACAGCCCAUCGUGAGCAUCCGUGUGUGGGGCGUGGGCCGCGACAAUGGCCGGGAUUUUGCUUAUGUAGCAAGAGAUAAAGAUACCAGAAUUUUGAAAUGUCAUGUAUUUCGAUGUGACACACCAGCAAAAGCCAUUGCCACAAGUCUCCACGAAAUUUGUUCCAAGAUUAUGGCUGAACGGAAGAAUGCCAAAGCCCUGGCCUGCAGCUCCUCGCAGGAGAGGACUAGUGUGAAUCCCGAAGUCCCUUUGCAAGUAGAUUUCCCAACGCCAAAGACUGAACUGGUCCAGAAGUUCCACGUGCAGUACUUGGGCAUGUUACCUGUCGACAGACCAGUCGGAAUGGACACCCUGAACAGUGCCAUAGAGAGUCUGAUGACCUCAUCUAACAAGGAGGAUUGGCCAUCAGUGAACAUGAAUGUGGCCGAUGCCACCGUGACGGUCAUCAGUGAAAAGAAUGAAGAGGAGACCUUGGUGGAGUGCCGGGUGCGAUUCCUGUCCUUCAUGGGUGUCGGGAAGGAUGUCCACACGUUUGCCUUCAUCAUGGACACUGGGAACCAGCGCUUUGAGUGCCACGUGUUCUGGUGCGAGCCCAAUGCUGGUAACGUGUCGGAGGCGGUCCAGGCAGCCUGCAUGUUACGAUAUCAGAAGUGCUUGGUAGCCCGGCCACCUUCACAGAAAGUUCGACCACCUCCUCCGCCUGCAGACUCAAUGACCAGAAGAGUCACAACCAAUGUAAAACGAGGGGUCUUAUCCCUCAUUGACACUUUGAAACAGAAACGUCCUGUCACAGAAACACCCUAGUUGCAUAUGUUAAAGGACUGUCAUCUUUACCUGAAGAUGGAGUAGCUGAAAAAAAAAAAAAAAAGAACUGAUCUCGGCCUUCCAUUCCGUUGCUGAUGCUUUGUCUUCAGAGAAUUCAUCUGUACCCGAGCAGUGUUAGACAGGCAUGUUCUCUCGUCUUGCCACCAUCUUGUGCUAUGAAAAGAAGCAUGAAUCUUUUUUUUUUUUUUUUUCCUGUCAGUAAGUUACAUCCUGAGCAGUGGAAGGUCUUUUUCUUACUGUAAAUAUUGUGAACAUUAUGACUUCGCACAUGCAGAGAAGAAUGUGACCCCAGCCCCUCCUAGUGAACAAUGCUAUGUCCUUGGAGUGAAUGAUGCCUGCAUUCUCUCACUGUCCUCUCAACUGGAUCUGUCACAAGCAACCUUCAAGUCCUGCAGCACUUUGCCCUGUUUUCAACGUUGGAAACAUGGAGACGCUGCAUAGCAGAUACCAUUGAAUUGCUGUAAAGAUAGGAUGACGAGUUGGGGUUUUAGUUUUUCAUAAAAUUGGACCUGUUGGUUAACAAAUCUGGCAGUUGGCAUCCGUAUAGAAACCAACUGGCAGCUUUCCUUGACGAGCUGUGUGACACAUGGAUGCCAUGUCAUGUCUCCAGCUGAUGGUGGGAUGUUGGAAAAGAGUGGAACUUUAAAAUGGAUGAAAAACUAAAUUUGAGGAAUUAAAAUCGAACAAAAAAAAUAGCCUUUCUUUUCAGAUGGUUUUCAAACUGAUUAUUUUCAAAAAGAGAUUAACAAAAUCAUAAUGCAUUUUGGGUGGGA